AUGUAAUUUGAUUUACAAUUGAUUUACAAGUACAAACUAACCUCUGAUGUGAACUUUGGGAUGAAUUGUAAUAUUGUGUAUGAAUGUAUUUUAUUCAAAAUUAAGUGCAUUAUAUCAUAUUUUGCACCUUAUUCUUGAAAUAAAAUUGUUUGCUUGUUUUUAAAAAUUAGCAAAACAUUAGCAACAUUUGUAGUUUGUGUCUUUCUGUAAUUGCAUAAUCUCUAAAUAACAGAUUAAUUGUGGUAGUGAACCCCUGAUCUAGGGUCUGAAUUAAAAAACAACAUAGGAAGUUGAAUUUGCUGUGUUUGAUUAACUACUCAUUUGCAGGAAAGAACAUGUAAUUAUUCUGGGUGUCUUUACCGGUCUUUGUCGCUCUCAUGAUCACCAGUCUCAAAAUCACAAUACUAACAUGAAUGAUAAUGUUCUCAACUGCCUGAAUGCAGACUGCUGAAAUUAAUAACCAUUAGAAACAUUAGGCACAAAACGCUGUUUUUCUUUGGCAUGCGGUUUGGCUUCCUUACAGUUCAACAGAUGGCUGAAGGUGCUCAAAACAGCAAUGCAUAUGCACCUGAAUCAAAUCCAACUACACAUCAUCUGGAAACCAGUGUUGAUGAACAUGAACGAGCCUUUACUUCACCACCCCCUACAAGAGAAGUAUUGUCCAUUCUGCACCAACGCAGACAGAAAUGUGAGCUUAGACGACUGCUAAAACACACUUAUCCUGAGUUGAAAAAUGUAGACAGUUUGGUCGAGAAGGAGAUGGCUGAUAUUCUUAACAUCGACCCAGUCACAGACAUUGGAUACCAGAGUGAGGUCCAGUCUAGGUGCUGGCUGUUUGAGAACCAUGAAAUCAAUUCAGUGGAUUUCCACGACCAAAAACUACAGAUGAAAAAAGAGUUUCAAGAGGGCGACAUCAAGAGAACCGUCUGCAUGUUUGAACAACCUACAUCUAACUUCCUCAACGAAGAGAACAAACCUCAACUCAGUGAAUCACAGGAAGGGACAUCAGAGCAGAGCAUCAGAGUGGAUGUGAAAGCCACACGCAGAAUGUUUGAAACUCAGUCAGUGGAUAUUCUGAGAGACAGUCAAAGCCCCUGUCCAAGGAGAAACAUUGUUUCUGAGGAGGAACGUAGAUCAGACCAGAAACCAAAGAAUGAUUCUGAAACUGAUGGAAAACAAACAUCACACAUUCACCAUAACAGUCUAACCACUGAUUUCAUAGGCACAAAUGAGGCAUUUGUAGGUAUAUCCAGAGCCAAACAGGUCUUUGAAACAAUAUUACAUGACAAGGAGAACAUCUCACCAACAAACGAUAGUUUUAGCCAAGAGGAAGAACUGCUGAAGGCAAAUGUAAAAAAUAGAGCUCAGAUGUUUGAAUCAACUCCACUUGAUAAGAUCAAUCAGCAAACCAAGGAAGAAUCAGAAACCAUCCUUGAAAACAUGCAGGAGACUCUAGUUUCAUUAUGCAACUUCAAUAUCAUGCAUUCUGAUGGAACCAUCCUUGAAACUAAUGAAAUUGGCCAUAUCAAGAAAGCAAGAUAUCACUUCAUAAAAGAAGAUACAAGACCAGAAAUUGAUGAAGAAGAGAUAGUGACUGGAAGCAUAAAGAGCAUCAUGCUUCAGAUGCUACCGGGAACAAGCCUGAGCCCAACGGUGACCUUCCUAAAAGAGGACAAUCAGGGCAAUGUGGAAAUUCAGAAAGUAGACGUUCCAACUCACCAACUUCCGUUCACUCAAGAUAAAGAGUGCAGGACUGCCAAUGUGGUUCAGAUUACUGAGGAUCUACUCAGUCAAGAGAAGUCCAUGAGAAAAGGCGUAUUAAUACAAGAUGGUACCACAGGAACGAGAGAGAUUACAGUUUAUGUUCUUUUUAUCCACAGUGAAGACAGUACAGGGGUGAAGGAGUUGGGUAAAAUUGAGUGUAGAUCUAUCCCCUCAAGUCUAAAGAUCAAUCCAGAGUCUGAAAAGGGUGAUCUCAAGACAGAUAUUAGUUCAUCUGAAAGUUCUUCAGUAGUAGGUACAAACAAAAGUAGUAAUGUGCAGCUAUGCCAGAGCUGCAUUGAGAAAGGAGACCUUGAUAAUCUAAAACAGCUGCAAGAAAUAUCAUCAGAUGAUGAUGACCUAAAUAUAGGUGCGCCUACAGAGGAAUCAGAAAAAACAAGAGAGAUUAUACCAGGUAAUGUUAACAAUAUCAAAGCCCUUUUUACUACCAAUAUAGAUCAUUUAAGCUUCAAAAUUCAGUCAGAAGAAAACAAGUCAAAAGAGUCACCUACAGAAAGUUUGAUAAAUAAUGAAAAUAAUACAGAAGAAUCAAACCAGGCUGAAAAUUGCACUAACACUGCGGGCACUCUGAAAAAUGAGAGAAUUCUCCAUGAUCAAGAUAUCAUGGAUGAUGGAGAUGUUCUUCAAGCAGAGUUGGUUGAUGUAGUGGAAGAUGAUGAGUUAGUGAAUCUACAAACAGCCAUUAUGAAUCUUCAUCAGGCCACAAUGGAGGCAAAAGCUCUUCAGCAGAGUGUACAAGCAAAACAUGCAUCCCAGACCAACCAAACCCAACAAAUCUGUGACCUUGGUUCAGUAAACCAUGAGAUUAUGCAUGUGGAAAACAAUGAUAAUGUAAGUGAGAAAGAAGAGCUCUUACAGUUCUCCGAAACUCAAAAGGAAGAAGAAAGUAAGGAGGAGGUUAUGAGGGGUAGCAUACAGGCAGCUCUUGAUUCAUUGGGAAAGUCCAAUUUUAAUGUCUCAAAGGGUGAUUUUAGAGCCGCAAUGAUUUAUAGAAACUCUGCUAAAGGAUAUGCAGGACACACAAAGACAGAUGUAGAGCAGCCAAGUGAUAGAGCUAAAGAAAAUAAGCCAUCAACAUCUUCUCCUGCACCACUAGCAGAACAGGAGGCUUUAAAAUCACUUGGUGAGGGAACUGACACAACCCUUUGUGAAAGGAAGUUUGAAAACAAACCAGUGACUUGUUCUCGCUUUCAAGUGCCCAUAGACACACCUGUUAAAAAUCGUAAAACUCCUAUUGGACCUAAGCCAGCUAUCCCACCUAAACCAGAUCAUUUAAAAAUUAAGCCAAACCGUCUUGGUACUGAAACUGAUGCAAACUGUCUCAACAAAUGUCAAGUCCCUGCUACUUCUUCAAAAAUGCCAACUGAGCAGAUUAAAGAACCUUCAACUCCCAAACCAAGCCCAGACCCAGUGUCUCAUGAAGAUGUACUCUGCAUAAGUGUACAGCAUACUGAUGCCAAUGAACCUGAGCCUAGUGAUACAUCAAUGAGCAACAAUGAAAGUCCUGAAAAUAAAAAGCUAAAUUGUGUACAGGUUGUUGAAGAAACUCCAAAGAGCUCCCUAGAAAGCAUUGUCAGUGAAUCUUCCACAGGAUUUCAUGGCACUCUUCAAAACUUUGGGGUGAAGCAGAGUGGUUCAGUGCCUCCUGUGAAACCUAAAAGAAUCAAAAUGGCAAAAGAUAAUUUGAAGAACACUACAGACAACACCAAUACCAACUCGACCAUUUUGGAAACUGAAACAGCACAGGAAAUCACUCCUCCUCCUCACAACAAUGGCUCUUCAGACGAGACCUGUAAGAUAGAUAGCAACAACCGUGAAGAAAGACAUGAAAGUGAUGUUCAACAAGUGAGUGGAGUGGUCAGACGGGAAAAGAAAAGGAGAGGAGAGACUGAGGAUGAGCGAAGGCAGAGACUCUCGGUGCACAUGGAUGAAAUCAUGAAAGGAAACGUGCCGGCUGUCAUGGAGAUCUUCGACAAGCUGAAAAAGCAAGAGGAACUGAAAAACAUACUCUCCAAAGUAGAGGAAAUCGAAGAAGACACCAACAAAGUAGACGUGAGCUCGCUUAAAAACAUUUUCGAGAGCGUGCCAGAUUGGGUUGUGCCUCAGGAGAAAAAAAUAAAGCCAAAAAUAGUCAUGUCGGAACAUUUAGGAAGUGAACCUGAGGUGAUGUCAUCCAUGGAGGUUGCUUUUGGAGACCUAGAGAAAGCCGGUGCAGAAAUCAUUCGUUUAAAAGAUCAAACCCUUGCAAGACUCAUGGAUAUAGAGGAGGCCAUUAAAAAGGCUCUUUACUCAGUAUCGACUCUGAAAUCUGACUCUGACAUUGUAGGACUCUCUGGUCUCUUCAGGGAGUCAAUGGUGGCUGUACAAGGUUCACCUCCCUCAGGUAAUAUCAGGAAAAUCAGUAUUGGGUCAAGCAAAUCACCAAAAGCUCAAAACAAGAUUGGAAGGAGUGUUUCUGAACAGUCAAAGGCACAGAAAAAGCCAGCGCUUUUUAUUCCCACAGCCAAACAGAGAUCAGCCUCACCAGCGUCUCCUUCAUUUAUUUCCAUUCAGUCUGCAGCGAGGAAGCCUUCGGAGUUGCCAUCACCUCAGAUCAGUCCCCUGAAAGCAGAACCAAAAGAAGAGGCCAAGCUCCAGUGCUGCUGUAGUGUGCCUUCAGACCGCAGGCAAUGUUCUGUCACAAAGGGGGCAUCCUCCAGCCCCCCGAAUCCACAACGGCAGAUCAGUGUGCUGGAAGUGCAAACGAUGCCCGAGAAAGAAAAAGUCAUCGGAACAAAAACCAUCAGAGAGAACUACGAGAGGACGGACUGCUUCGGCAACAAGUUCUACUCCUCGAAAACCUCCACGGUUGUGACAACCCAACCUGAAACGAGGACAACUUCUAGAAAGCUCACAAUGAGCACUCCAGCCACAUCUGAAAUUGUUGCAUACCCAAGAAUCAACACACCUUUUAUUAGAGAGGAUCAUCCCCCACUGUAAAUGUGGGAAAUUUAUUUCAGUUUUGGUUGUCACAUCAAUGAAAGAUCUAUGUAACAGCCAAUGUAUUUAAAUGUAACACAUUUUUGUACUGCUUUGUUUGGUUAUCUUUUGUAGGUUACCUCACUAUUCCUAAGUAUCAAUGUUAGUAUUGGUAAUUGUUAGUAUUUCAGUUUGUUUUUUGUGAAUUGUUUUAAAACUAUUUCUUUAGUAUGUUGCAGUCAUGCAGAAAACAUGUUCUGACAUUUCUGUGAAUACAAUAAAAUUUGAAUUUCUGCCAUAUUUGUCAAUAAAAAUAAUAGAAAGUG